GUGGCGGGCGUUCGGGUUCGACCACGCGCCGCGCGACGGCGGCCUGGACCACCGCGGGCUGGACGACGCGCGCAGCGGCCAGGGCGCGACCCCGACGGGCGGCGAGUUCGAGCAGCAGGACCUGAGCGCCGUCGGCCUGCAGGCGCAGCGGCUGAGCGGCAUCGGCCUCGCGUCGCUGCCAGCCUCGUCGCUGCAGAGCCUGCCCGCGGACCCCGCGACGUCCGACGCCGAGGGCGCGCUGUGCAUCGGCGAGCUUGACAGGAGGCUGCAGGCGGCGCUCAACGAGUCCAAGAAUGACGAGGCGCUCCUGGCGAAGCAGAGGGCGUUCCACGCGAUGGGCUCGGGGGUCGCCGACCCGAACCAGAAGAAGAAGGUUGACAAGGUCCUGGAGGAUGCAUGGGCGGCUGGCGCCUGCCCAGCCAGGGGCGCCGUCGGAGCUCGCUUCUCGACCUUCCUCGACGCCUGCGCCGAGAAGAAGAAGGAGUACAAAUCGAUGAAGGGGAACAGUGCCAAGGAGGAGUUCAGGAUGGACUGGCUCGCGAAGGAGCACGCCAAAUACGCCGAGAAGCGCAGCGUCACCGAGCGCCUGGAGGAGUCCUGGCAAGACUGGGGCACGUACGAACCCUUCGAAGUGAUCGCGGGGAAAGAAUCAGGCACUGGCAUUACAGUGUCAGGUGCCAAGGCUGCCCUGAACAUAUGCAGCUCGUGCAUCAAGCUCGGCGGUGCUUGGGCCCGCUGGAACAACCAGUCGAAGAGGCUCGAGUUCUUGUGCAUGAAGAAGGUCUACAGCUACAAGUUCGACAAGGCGUGGCAGCAGUGGGAGGAGCUGGUCGACGUCGGCGACCAGAAGACGCUGGGCACGGCCCCCGCCGCCGCGCUCCCAGGGGGGCUUCCAGCGGAGGCUGCCCCCGCCUCGCUUCCCGCGGCGCCCGCGGCAGCGAGCUCGGCGCCCGCGGCAGCGAGCUCGGCGCCCGCGGCAGCGAGCUCGGCGCCCGCGGCAGCGAGCUCGGCGCCCGCGGCGCAGGCGGGCGCGCCCCCCGCGGCGCAGCGCGAGGCUGAGGCGAGCGCGCGCCCCGAGGCGCGGGCGGCGCAGCCGCGCUCGGGGGCGGCCUCAUCCGUGCCCUCGCGGGCCGCGUCGCCGGCCAAGGAUGGGGCGGCGGCAGCUGUGCCCUCGAAGCGCAGGCGCGGGCAGGGCGAGCAGCAGGCGCCGCCAGCCGACGGCGAGUCGCCGUCGGUGACGGACGAGAAGGAGCUCAAGAGGAUCAAGCAGAAGGAGCUGAAGGCCAACACGGACGCGGCCAUGAAGGCUCUCGGCGAGUACGGCCAGAUCUGCAACCAUGCGAUGCUGCUGAUCAACGCCAUCGAGAACCAGCCCGAGUACAGCUGGGCGAACAACCAGAACAAGGAUGGUCUGAAGAGGGCCCUCGAGGAGGUCCAGGCAACGGCAUCGCCUGGCACGUUCGCGAAGGAUCUGCUGAUGCAGAACGUGACCCACGUCAAGAGGAUGCACGGUGCAGAGUACUUCGAGAAGGAGAUCGGCUGCGUGGCGCCAAAGAUCGCUGAGCCCCUGAAGAGGCUGCGGGCGGAGAUCGAGUCCAUCGACGACAUGCGCGCGGUCAAGCUCAGGAAGACGUCCUACUCUAACUAG